CAACAUGCCGACGGAAAUGUCAUCCUCAGGAGUCCAGGAUGGGCGAAUGAAUGUCGGCGGACUAAGACCACCGACACAACCACCAGUGAAUUCUGUGUCCGAACAGGACAAAAAGAACUACUCCACAAAAGCCGGAGGUAGCGUACAAAUCUUUCCUCUUUCAACGUCUUCGAUGAUGCCGUAUUCAUUAACUGGUCCUCUCACCCCAUCAACGCCAUACUCCACGUCCCUAUCGGGCACACCUUAUCCGUCUUCGUCAGGCAUACCGAGUUUACAAUCAUCCGGAGGGGGCUGGUCAUCGCUAAAUCCGUCUUCACCAGCUGGUGUGUCAUCAGCAGAUCGAUUCGGAUUACUUGGGUUGUUAAGCGUAAUACGGAUGACGGAUCCUGACCUGAGCAUGUUAGCAUUGG